AUGGCGCGGGGCCGGGCGGCUUACGAGUACACGGAGGCGGAGGACAAGAGCAUGCGGCUGGGCUUCCUGCUCAUCGCCGCCGGGCUGCUCUCGCUGCUGGGGUUGGGCUGCUGCUGGCUGCGCCCGGCGCUGCAGGAGCGGGGCGGCGGCGGCGCCGCCAACUGCACGGUGCUGGCGGUGCGGCAGCUGGGCGAGCGCUUCGCCUGCACCUUCUCGUGCGGGGCCGCCUGCCGGGGCACCGCCCGCUACCCCUGCCUGCAGGUGCUGGUGCGCACCUCCCGCUCCUCCGCGCCCGCGCUGCUGCACGAGGACGAGCGGCAGCUCCGCACCAACCCCAAGUGUUCCUACAUCCCUCCCUGUGCCAGAGAUGAUCAGGAGAACUCUGAGAAUGUCACGUACAAGCAGAAAUACUGGAAAGAGAAAGUGGGUUCACAGCCAUUUACAUGCUAUUUUAACCAGCACUUGAGGCCAGACGACGUCAUGCUGAAGCGCACCCAUGAUGAGACCGUCCUCUUGCACUGCUUCCUCUGGCCGCUGGUCACCUUCCUGGUGGGCGUCCUCAUCGUGGCGCUGACCGCCUGUGCCCGCAGCCUGGCUGCCAGGGCAGAGGCCAUCCAGAGGAAGAAGCACUUGUAGCGGGGCUGCGGGGAUGGAGGCCGCCAGGGAACCUCGUUCACGUGGGAAGGCUCAGAGCACUGUGAAGCUUGGCACCGUGCGUCCCGGCUGGUGGCAGAGCUGCUCCUGCCAGAGAGUUAAUCUUGGGAGCCUACUCUGCCCAGUACCAGCUAGCUGCUUCCUCUGCUGUGGCAGUAAAUAAUUACCUGCUACCAAAUCUCCACACUGCACCAACACACUGUGCUCUGUCUGCCCUCACCGGCAGCUGCCCGGCUCAUAGCGGUGUUGAGAGACAAUUUCUGAAAACACUGACACGGCUCAUUUAUUCUCUGCAAAGUGAUCUUUGCUAUUGUUUAAUAUCGAAUAUUUAAAAUAAUUUCCUUUAUG